UUUGUUUGCCGGUGAUCUGAUGUGUCAUCUAUUUGUUUAUCGUGAAACAGUUUUUGGAAAGUUGUUAAAAUGGCUACAGUUCAAGACUUUUUACCGUCACAGGAUGAUUUCUAUGCUGAGCUGCAAGAACGGGCAAAUUUAGCGGAGUCACAUCGCAGAACGAGAUUUUUAGCUGUAGUGUUGUUACAAAGAAUGGCGCGAGGUUACUUAAUUAGAAAGCAUAUUGCUUGGCUGUCAAAGAAUGCGGUAACAAUUCAAUGUGCCUAUAGAGUUCAUGUCGCUCGAAAAGCCUAUAGAAUUGCUUUAAGAAUGGCUGUGAGACAAAAGCACUGCAGAUAUUAUGACCACGCCGCAAGAAUUAUACAGGCGUUAUGGCGUGGUCACUAUUCCCGGAAAACAAAGUUCUGUUACAAGUCUUAUAGAAGGUGGUUGGCAACUGUUGCAAUAAGAGGUGAGAGGCGAGCAGCCGAGGCCGCUGAAUUCGGAAUACGCAGUCGAGCUGAUGAUUUAAGGAUAUUAGAAGAAGAAGCCCGGCAAUGGCUUGCUUUUGUAGUUUUUAAACUACAUCACUUACUAAGGACAUACGUAUGUGCAGGUGUAUACUCUGAACCAGUAACGACAGAACUAUCAGAGUUUGAGAAACUCCUCAAAUCUAUUCAUUACACUGAAUACAUGAAGAGAUUGAAGCGAAAAUAUGACGAGUUCGUGAGAAAAUACCGGCCGAGGUUUUCCAAUAAAAGGCUAUUUCCUAUAAUAGGGGACGGCGCCGACUACUGGUAUUUAUCUUUACCAGAAAUGUACGAGCUCACUGCGCCUAUACCUAAGGAAGAGAACACGAGACAUAUUACGACACAUCAUGGAAAAAUACACAAAGAGCCCUUCAUGUGGAAAAAAGUUAAGCCUCAAAUACAGAUAGAAGGUAGAGGUCCGUAUACGCCAUCGAGAUCAGCAACAACACCAUCACCUCCCCCACCAGCUCCGUCUCUCAGAUCAUCAAGAGGUGGCACCAUGAUGCGAGAUCCUAGGUUUCAUCUGUACUUCAAGCACUACACACCGCAGCCAUCAAUUUUCGAUUACGUUGAUUUUCAUGUAAACGUCUUAUUAAGUAGGAAAUGCUCUAUCGAAAACAUAAAUCAAGAGUAGCUUACAAAGAUGAAACGCGGUGUGUUUCUAAUAAAAGCAUUUAUUUUAUAUUGUCGGGCUUAAUAAAAUGAGAGUGGUCUGCUGGUGUAUUCUAGGAUUUUUAUAUGGGGCGGGUAUUAUUUCUUUCUUUAUUUUUCUUGCUCGGAAAUCCGUAAUCAGGCUGCUAAGUUUGGAAGGGUCGUCCGGAUGUUUCGAAACGCGGGCCUUUUGUUGUUUCGCUUUUGUUGUUGUGAAUUUUACACUUGUAAUUUAUUUCAGGAAACGCCUUGGUGAGAAAGAAAUUACGUUAAACUCUCCAAGGAAAAUGUGUUUUGUAAAUUAACGUUUUGUUUGUGUACCGUUUGAGGUUGGGCGUAUUUACAUUAAUUUGAUGGGACCGAAUCAAUCAAUGCCUUUGAGAAUGGAACGCGUUCUACCAUUUUGUGGUUUAAGUCUAAUUUGUAUAUUGACUUCUGUUGUGUCGAGCCAAAAAUAAACACCGAAGAAAUAAAAAAAAGGAUAUAAAAAAACUAAAAUGAUAUUUAAUGAUAUUAGAAUUACUGUCCUUAAUUAGUCUUUAGUUCACCUUCAACUGAAUUGACAUCCUUAGCAGUGUUGAGUGAUAAAUUUAAGCUUUAUAAAUUUUACUAGUAAAGUUUUUAUUGUCUUUAGCUUGCAGAUGCGUAAGAGGCCCAUCUGGUUUUGUAAUAAUCCAAUUUAUUCAAGAUAUGCCUUAAUAAAGCCUGUUCAUCUAUUAGUUUAUCGGUAGCUACUAAAAGCCGAUAACUGCUACUUAGUCAUGAAGUGAUUUGUCUUACGUAAUAGAAAAAAAAGCAUCUGUUUUAUUUUCUAACGUUAUAGAGCAAGUUAUGGAUGUUAAUAAAACAAUGUUGUAUAAGCGCUCCGUACAAUUGUUACGGCGUUGUACGUCUUCAAACUCAUUUGUCUGACAACGCCCGUUUGACUCGGCAAAUUUAUUAGGGUCAGAAUAAUGCAGGUUGUGGGUUUCUGAACCGACUCCUUAUUGCACAGGCCGUCUUAAGGCGGGUACCCAUUUGUUAGACGUAUAAUGGUUGACCCACUUUACUUAUGUGCUACCAGACUGCGAGAACGGGUGUGAUUUGCGCAUCGCCAUGCCACACACAAUAGGUUAUAAAUUGAAUUCAUCAAAAGCAAAAACAUUAACUUAUUCUAAUGAAACUACUCAAAACUCAGUCACGAUUGAUACAGAUGGUUCAAGGUCGACAUCUCGUAGAAGGUCGGUCACGGAAUCCAAUCUUCAUUUCUUAUGUGUUUUUUUGGAGUUUUCAUCAAACCCGUAACUGUCAGGCCCUCUCGUUCUAAGGGUGUUCAGAACAUGAAUAAUGUAUAGGGUAAAUUUGCAAGUGUUUCAAUUUACACCCGCCGACACUCCACGCCCGUUGAUACGCACCGGAGUAGUUGAAGUGUGAAAAAGAAAACAACGAGUAGUGGCAACCCGACAGGUGUAGGGUUAGAGGCCUUUCAUGGAGAGGAAUAAUUACUUUUACCUACUUAAACCUCAGCGAGGUGAGUUAGGUAUACGUUCAAUUUGAGUUUAUUAUGUCACAUUAUAUUAAAAUUAAUUUUGU